GUAUAAUUAUAAAAUAAAAUAAAAACUUGCUAAAAAAGAAAGGAUCUUUGUUGAAUCCCAGGUCUCAUCUCAUGAAAUUCUGCAAAAUUAGUCCAUCUUCGUCCUGUCUCGACAUAACUUGAAGUAACCUGCGAUGCGGUGCAAAAUUCCUAACUUUUCAAAUACCCCACAACAAAGAGAACCCCUUAAUCAUCCCCGCUUUCUUCCCUAACUGAAGUGAAUUUCCUGUAUCUCCCUCUUAUUAGAUUCUUGGAAUGGAAAUCCCCAUGGAAGGAAAUUCAAGAAUCGCAUAAGAUCUUAAAUCAAAGUAGCGACUUUUGCUUUUAAUAAGUUGGUCUAAUAGCGCACAACCCGUUCGAUAAAAUGUUCCAAAGAAUAUUAUGAUUUGUCUUAAGUGGUAGUAGAUUUGAAGACUAAGGAAAGUUGCUGGCAGCUUGUGGUUUCAAGAAAUGUACGGAAGAAAGGGAUACCAACUGGUGAAAGAAUUUGAUAGUGGCGAGAAAGGGCAGCUCAAGCCUUUCAAUAGCAAGCUCUUUGACGAAGUAGUAGAAGAAUGCAGCCAAAAUCAUCUUGUGCUCCAGUCCUUGAUAAGGAAAAUCCAGCAGGAAGGAUUGGAUGUUCAGACAACUAGAAAUGCGGACCACUAUGGAGCACUCAUCCAUCACCUUUCUUUAACUCGUAACAAACGCUGCCUAAUGGCUUAUGUGUUCAACCGAGCAGAAAUUAUACAAGAUCUGGCAUGGAAAGUAGGGCUUGAACUUCUUGACCUUCCAACAGAAAUUCAAGAGAAGCUCACUCAAUCGGAGAAAGAGUAUUUUAAGAACCAUUCUAUCGCUCUAAAGUCAUGCAUGGGGAAACUAGGCAUCGAACUGAAUGUGGAUAUGGUGCCACCCAAGGAUCCUUACAUCAAGGUCAGAGUUGUUGAGAAUAUUGAUGAAGGAAUAGUGCUCAGUGAUAAGACAACCAAUUUUGCGAGCCACUCAAUGCACUUCCUGAAACGAACUGAUGCUGAGCCAUACAUUGCUCGGGGCUUGAUGGAGGAGCUUACAGGAUGAAAUACCAGUAGUAAUUUCCUUGACCAUCUAAUCAAAUUUGAAUGUUGGUCAAGCUGUUCCUCACUAACAGGCGUGGAUAAGCUGAUUGACCUCAACUGCUUUGCACUUCGAUGGGGUUGGCCAUUCAAUAUGAAAUCAUAUCCAAUUUCCUCAUUUGCCCCAUGUAAAUUUAAUUAAGUACUACAGAAACAAUUGCAAAGAAGAGAUUUAACUUG